ACUGCCGCACGGGGGGAGCAGCCCUGGAGCCGGGCUUGUCCAGCUUGCAGCUCUCCGCACGCUCGGCGGGUCUGUCCGGCCGGCUGUCCGGCUGUCCGUCCGCAGGAGUAGGGCAGCUUGCGCCAUGUACAUACAAGGGCUGCUGGGGCUGGUGGUGGUGCUGCUGGUCACCUCGCUGCCGGCCGGUCACCUCGCACCGCCGGCCGGCCCCCUGGCCCUGCGGAGCAGUUUGGGUCAUCCUUCAUGCCGGCUGUCCCGGGCUGAGUCGGAGCUCAGGUGCCGUGUUCCAGGGGGAAAGCUGUGCAGUGACAGGGGCAGAUGCGAGUGUGGAGUCUGCAUCUGCCAAGUGACUGAGUCCGGCAAAUACUACGGUCCACUGUGUGAGUGCCACGACUGGAUGUGCGAGAUCUAUGAUGGAAAGAUCUGUGCAGGCCACGGGAAGUGCGACUGUGGGAAGUGCAAAUGUGAUGAAGGCUGGUAUGGUGAAGCUUGUCAGUAUCCAACUACUUGCAAUCUUACACGGAAGAAAAGUAAUGAAAUGUGCAAGAAUUCUCAAGAUAUCAUCUGUUCUGGUGCAGGUACAUGUCAGUGUGGCAGGUGUAAAUGUGCAAACUCAGAAGGAACUGGACUGGUCUAUGGUAAAUUUUGUGAAUGUGAUGACAGAGAAUGCAUAGAUGAUGAGACAGAAGAGAUUUGUACAGGCCAUGGAAAGUGUUACUGUGGAAACUGUUACUGUGAGGCUGGUUGGCAUGGAGAUAAAUGUGAAUUCCAGUGUGACAUCACCCCCUGGGAGAUCAAGAAAAGAUGCACAUCUUCAGAUGGCAAAAUCUGCAGCAACAGAGGCACUUGUGUAUGCGGGGAAUGCACAUGCCAUGAUGUGGACCCAACUGGCGACUGGGGAGAUAUUCAUGGAGAUACUUGUGAGUGUGAUGAAAGAAACUGCAAAGCAGUGUAUGAUAGAUAUUCUGAUGACUUCUGUUCAGGUCAUGGGCAGUGUAAUUGUGGAAGGUGUGACUGUAAAGAAGGAUGGACUGGGAAGAAGUGCGAACAUCCACGUUCUUGUCCACUGUCGCCUGAGGAAAGUGCUAAGAAAUGCCAAGGAAAUUCUAAUUUACCUUGCUCUGGAAGAGGGAGAUGUGAAUGUGGCCAAUGCACUUGUUUCCCUCCAGGAGACAACAGAGUUUAUGGCAAAAACUGUGAAUGUGAUGAUCGACAGUGUGAAAAUGUGGACGGUGAUGUCUGUGGGGGCCAUGGUAUCUGUUCAUGUGGCCGAUGCAUUUGCCAGGAUGGGUGGUUUGGAAAGUUGUGCCAGCAUUCAAGGAAGUGCAACAUGACAGAGGAGGAGAGCAGAAGUCUCUGCGAGUCGGCAGAUGGCAUAUUAUGCUCGGGGAAGGGUUCCUGCCACUGUGGAAAGUGCAUCUGUUCACCACAGGAAUGGUACAUUUCUGGUGAUUUCUGUGAAUGUGAUGACAGAGACUGUGACAAACACGAUGGUCUCAUUUGCACAGGCAAUGGUGUUUGUAGCUGUGGAAACUGUGAGUGCUGGGAAGGAUGGAAUGGAAAUGCUUGUGAAAUCUGGCUGGGUAGAGAAUACCCUUAACAAAGCCCAUCAAAGACUGAGAAUGUUUUUUGUUUGUUUUUCUUUAGUCUGCUAGAACAUUUCAUUUCAGAAAUACUCAGUAUGUGGGUGUGCAUGCAUGCACACGUACAUGGGUGUAAAAGCUUUAGAACACUCAGAUGAGGGCCUGCUCCUUAAAGAAAUGCAUGACAGAACUAAAAGGAAAAGAAUUAAAACAGCCUUGGGAGCUGGACAGUCCAGGCUCUAAAAGGUGAAGUCAUAAAAUACUGGCCCUGUGGAUCUUUCCAGAAUAUUUUGGUAAAUUCAGUGGGACCGAGAUUACACCCAUAAUGCCCGUUUCUUGAGAAACCUUUAGAAAAGGUGCAAGAAAGCCUUUUUAUUAAACAUUAUUUACUUGGUUGUCACCUCUCUGUAUCAGUAUGCAACAAUAGUACUCCUGUAGAAGUGCAGCACUAGUUGAGUAUUUGUCGAAUAAUUAAUUUGAUUGAUUUUGUAGUGUUUGAAAAAUACAUUGUUUGGCCCUUUUUUCUUUCCAACAAUUCUGAUUAUGUACCAGCUCAUAAAUUGAGAGAGGCUGUAAAGAAGAUUAUAAAAAUAUUAAUGAUUUUUUAUUUGGUCAAAGAAUUGUACUUGAAUAACUGAGGUCCAAUUACCUGACAACUAUGAACUGAAGACCCAAGGUAGACCCUUGUCCACAAGAGAACUUCUUAAUGUCUGUGGUUAAUGUGUCAAUAAGUUGACUAUCUAGUCUACGUACUAUGAUACUUUCAAAUACAUAACCUAUAGGAGUAUAAGGAAUGAAAUUUAUAAAGAUAUAAAUGUAUGAUUACCUAUUCUGAAUAUGUAUCCUGCAACUCAUAUGUACUUUUAUCAUACUGUUCUAUGUAUGUACAGUUGCCUCUUUAAAGCAAAUGAAAAUUUGUUAUACUAAUAACUUUUAGGAUGACAAUUCUGUAUGUUAUUAGAAAUCACUGUUUGGAACAGAUUGCACUGUCACACAUGGUAUUCAAUGAAUGUAACUGCUUUUAUGGAAAUAGGGAGCCUGAAGGUCAACUGACUUAAAAAAUCAGGUAGCUAUUCAGUAACCGGGUCUCAGGCAAAGAUGUUCAGACAAUGGCAACAAGGUAAUUAAAGCUUUAAUGCAGUAAAUACAAACAAA